AUGCGUCUUUUUUGUCAUCUAGAUCAUUCAAGAUCAUCUGGGACAAAAUAUUACGUUCACCAGAGUCAUAAAGACGUGUAAUAUUAUACGUUCUUUUAUUUAUUAUUGAAAUAAUUAUAUCACGUAACUAAAAAAGCUUUCAAGAUGAUGCAGGGAAUGACAAAAAGCAGUAUUGCUAAAAAUCCAUCUCUACUUCCUUUGUAUGUCUGUUUUGUUGCUGGAGCUCUUGGAGCUGGUGGUUAUUUGAUACGUUUGGCAACUCGUAAUCCUGAUGUUUCAUGGAUCAACAAAAAAAAUCCAGAACCAUGGCAAUAUUACAAGGACAAACAAUACAAGUUCUGGGCUUCUGAUAGAGUUAAAGACACUGAACAUGCAAAACCACCAACUUACUAAAUAAACAAUUGUUAAGU